AUGGAACCAACGUUAUGUUUUGUUUUAUGUGAAACACCAUUUAUUUAUAUACAAGACGAAAUUUGUCGAUGUUCAGGUGGUGGUCUAAUGGAUCAUAAUCGACAGAGAGAUGAAUAUUGUACAAUACCAUGCAGAAAGCCAGACUAUCAACAAGUUGAAACAGUUAAUACAUGUGGAGGCAAAGGAACAUAUUCAGCUUAUGCUGAAGAAAACUUUUAUACUCAACAUGCUCAUUUAUUUAACUUUCGAAUUCAAUUUAUAUCAUGUGAAUUAUGGAAUGCUUCGGGUUAUUAUGAUACGAUACAAGUUGAAAUAGAUAAAUCAUCUGUAAAAUCUCCAUUGAAUAUAUUGGAACGAUGUGCAGCUGCAUGUCUUGAUCAAAAUGCUAAGACAAAAUCAAUAGGUAGAAGAAAACAUGUAAACGACAAAUAA